CGCGCAGGCGCGCGGGCCGCCCCCGCCCGGCACCGCGAACGACGGCGGCGGAUCCCGCGCCCCCCCGGCGCUCCCGCCCCGGCGGCAUGAGGGGACAGCGCGGCCGGACCGAGCGAGCGGUUUGAGUUGGUCUCACUAACUGCAGCGAUGGUGCAGAAGUACCAGUCCCCCGUACGGGUGUAUAAACACCCUUUUGAGUUAAUUAUGGCUGCAUAUGAAAGAAGGUUUCCUACGUGUCCUCUGAUCCCUAUGUUUGUAGCCAGUGACACUGUAAAUGAGUACAAGAGUGAGGAUGAAGCCAUCCAUGUGAUUGAGCGGCGCUGUAAGCUGGACAUCGACGCACCGCGGCUCCUGAAAAAGAUUGCAGGAGUAGAUUAUGUCUACUUUGUCCAGAAGAACUCUUUGAACAGACGAGAGAGGACUUUGCAUAUAGAAGCCUACAAUGAAACCUUCUCUAAUAGAGUCAUCAUUAACGAGCGCUGCUCUUACACAGUUCAUCCUGACAAUGAAGACUGGACCUGUUUUGAACAGUCAGCAAGUCUGGAUAUCAAAUCUUUUUUUGGUUUUGAAAGCACAGUGGAAAAGAUUGCCAUGAAGCAAUACACCAGCAAUAUUAAAAAGGGAAAAGAAAUAAUAGAAUACUACCUGAAGCAGCUGGAGGAAGAAGGAAUAACUUUUGUUCCUCGCUGGACUCCUCCUGUCACAUGUAAAUCAGAGAGCAGCACAUCCCACACAAGGAGACCAGUUUCACCUGCUAUUAAUAUACCAGAGUCUGCCACAAAGGAGGGCUUGAACAACAAGGAGAUCCUCAACACCUCCAGCAGCCCCUCGGAGCCCACUGCAGGAACACCAGAUGACAAACUAGACGCAGACUACAUCAAGAGGUACCUGGGGGACCUGACCCCGAUGCAGGAGAGCUGCCUCAUCCGGCUGAGGCAGUGGCUGCAGGAGACGCACAAAGGCAAAAUCCCAAAGGAUGAGCACAUUUUGAGAUUCCUGCGUGCCCGGGACUUCAACAUCGAUAAAGCAAGAGAGAUCCUUUGCCAGUCUCUGACGUGGCGUAAGCAGCACCAGGUGGACUAUAUUCUGGACACCUGGAACCCUCCACAAGUACUCCAGGAUUACUAUGCAGGAGGCUGGCAUCACCAUGACAAAGACGGUCGCCCGCUGUACGUGCUGAGGUUGGGACAGAUGGACACCAAAGGUUUAGUGCGAGCUCUGGGGGAAGAGGCCCUGCUUCGAUACGUUCUUUCAAUAAAUGAAGAAGGACUGAGGCGAUGUGAGGAGAAUACAAAAGUAUUUGGCAGGCCAAUAAGCUCCUGGACAUGUCUAGUAGAUCUGGAAGGCUUGAACAUGAGGCAUUUAUGGAGACCUGGUGUCAAGGCCUUGCUGAGAAUCAUUGAGGUGGUUGAAGCCAAUUAUCCUGAGACUUUGGGUCGUCUUCUUAUCCUAAGAGCACCUCGAGUAUUCCCAGUUCUCUGGACACUGGUUAGUCCAUUCAUUGAUGACAACACUAGAAAGAAAUUCCUUAUUUAUGCUGGAAAUGACUACCAGGGUCCUGGGGGACUGUUGGAUUACAUCGAUAAAGAAAUUAUCCCUGAUUUCCUUGGUGGAGAGUGCAUGUGUGAAGUCCCAGAGGGUGGGCUGGUUCCCAAGUCCCUCUACCGGACAGCAGAAGAGUUGGAAAACGAAGACAUAAAGCUUUGGACUGAAACAAUCUACCAGUCUGCAAGUGUCUUCAAAGGAGCUCCACAUGAGGUUCUCAUUCAGAUCGUGGAUGCCUCAUCUGUGAUCACGUGGGAUUUUGACGUGUGCAAGGGCGACAUCGUUUUUAACAUCUUCCAUUCCAAAAGGGCCCCACAGCCCCCCAAGAAGGACUCUCUGGGAGCCCACAGCAUUACAUCUCCUGGUGGGAACAAUGUCCAGUUGAUAGACAAAGUCUGGCAGUUGGGGCGUGACUACAGCAUGGUGGAGUCUCCCCUGAUCUGCAAGGAAGGGGAGAGUGUGCAGGGCUCCCACGUGACCAGGUGGCCUGGUUUCUAUAUUCUGCAGUGGAAGUUCCACAACAUGCCUGCCUGUGCUACAACCAACCUGCCUCGUGUGGAUGAUGUAUUGGCAUCUCUACAGGUGUCCUCUCACAAAUGUAAAGUGAUGUACUAUACAGAAGUGAUAGGAUCUGAAGAUUUCAGGGGAUCUAUGACCAGCCUUGAAUCAAGCCACAGUGGAUUCUCCCAGCUCAGUGCUGCCACCACCUCCUCUAGCCAGUCCCAUUCCAGCUCCAUGAUUUCCAGGUAGUGCCACAACAGCUGAAAAGCAAAUGGAUGUGAUGGCUGGACCCUCGCCCGUGGCAGCUGACUGCAAUACAGCAUAUUCAACUGGCAAUUGUGCAAAAAAACCCCACCCCACAAAAGCCUUUUAUAGAUAGAAAGUAGCUGUUUGAAUUUUACACUUAGUGGUUUUGGUCUUUGUUAGAUCCAACAGCUUGUCUCUUUAACCCUUUUUCCUAACUCAGCCAUAAAUAUUUUUGCAAGUGUGCUUGCACAAAUCCUAACUCUGAACACAAGGGCUCUUAUUGAAAAGGAAAAACAACCAGUGCAUCAGUUAAGAAUUAAUUUUUUUUAACUGUGUAGAUGUUUAAAAGCAAAAAAAAAAAAAAAAGAGAAAAACCCUACCAAAAAUGCUCCGUAGUGCAUUA